AUGGCUUGCCCAGCGACGUCGUUUAGCCACGAUGGCCACCCGUCGCCGCCAGUAGAGAAGCCCCUUCUCAGCCGGAAAUCCGGCACCUCCGCCGCUGAAGACGGCACCGGAACCUCUUCGAUCUUCUUCCCCUUCCCUCUUUCCGGCACUUCGUUUUCCACCGGGCCGGCGGCGGAUUCCGAAUCCCGACGGUCAUCGUUCUUCUGCUUCCGCCGAGUCUUUAUUCUGCCGGUGGCCCUACCGAGAACGCACCCCAUCACCAAGAAAUUUGCCCUGAAGAAUUCCACCCGGGCUGCAGCCCAGAUAAGAGAGCACUUUGCUCCGCCCCUGGUGCCUUGUGGUCGACUUUUUGUUGUUGUCAGUGUUGGUUUAUCUUCUUCUGGGGUAUUGAGCAUUGGAGAGGUUAUGUGUGGGAAUGGUUUGAAGAUUGAUUUGGGGAGAUCUACUAUGGAACAAAUUACUAAUCUAGUGGAAGGUAUUCUAGCUACUGUUAAAGUUGGACUGGAAAGGGCUAGUCAGCUGCAUUGGGGAAGUUUGCUUUUGUUUAUAGAUGCCGAAGAUAUUGGAGAACUUCUUAUCAAGAAAGUUGCACUUGGUGGAAAAAAGAAAGCAAUAUAUGAAGGCAUCACUUAUUUAAUGUUGCAUUUCAAUCCCUGUAAUUUCUGUUGUAAUAAGGAACUCUGUUUGGAAAGCUUGAACUUAGCUUUUAAAUCUUUAGAGGGGAAUGUAAACUACUAA